CCCUGCGCCGCCGGCGGCCCGGGCCGGUCCUCACCAGCGACCCAGUCCGACGGAAACAAGGAAGUGGGCCGCCGAUACAGAGCCGGGCGCGCAGUGGCCGACCGCUGACGGUGCCGGAGCGGAUAGUGCAGAGUGGGACACAACACCCGAGCUCCGGAGGCCGCAGGUGGGUGAGACAGAACAGAAACAGAGCGAAGGAGAGGAGGAGAGGUACGGACGGAGGGACGCGACCGGACUCGGUGCCGAGCUCCGAAAGCCGCAGGCAGCGUGCAGGCAGACCGACGGACCGGCCAUGGAAACCUUGGAAUCGGUCCAGUCUUCGGUGACCACAACGGAAACUGUCACGAGCACCGAGGGCGUAGAGAAGAAAAAGAAAAGGAGAUCGGAAGGAAAAGACGGCAAGAAGCUCCGGCGGAGAAAGAAGCACGACCACGAGAAGGAAAAUGGGGGCACGGGAGAGCCGGGAGCAGGCUCAGACAGCAGCCGCAUACACGUCCGGUCGUAUGACAGUUCAAAGGUCAUCAAAAAGUUCAGCAAGGCGCCGGCAGAGGAGUCGCAGACCAACUGCCGCGCGUGCGGCCGUCAGGUGUUUCAGAUGGAGCGCAUCAAAGCCGAAAGGGCUGUCUGGCACAAGGACUGCUUCCGGUGCACAGAGUGCAACAAACAGCUGACUGUCGACACCUACGCUAGUCAUGACCGGCAGCUGUACUGCAAAGUACACCACAAGAUGCUCUUCAAACCAAAAGCCGUCGAAGAAAAGGAGGAAGAAAAACGAGUGCCCCGGCUCCGACGGCACGAACUCAUCAUCCGCGAGUCUCAACCGCAGGAGCUGCCCCCUGACGUCGUACGAUCUUCCAAUAAGUCAGACUACGGCCUUGACGAGCUUCAGAACCUGAAUGUCAAGGACCGAUUCUCGGUGUUUGAGCACACCAGCGCCGACGAGCAGGAGAAAAACGCCCCCGCCGUAGAGGUCAAACCGUCACAAAACCUCCUCAAGAAGAUAAAGAAGUUCCAGGCGCGCAGCCAGGAGGGCGACAUCGGCGUGGAGCUGGAGGACAUGUCCUCCGACGAGGAGGAGGAGGAGGACGAGGAGGAGGGAGUACAGCGUGACCCGGACGUCGUGCGCUCAGCCAGCAGGAAGGCUAAGGAGCGGCCGGCCAGCUUCGCCGCCAUGGACGACACCAAGCGGCGCUUCGAGGAGGGCCACGAGCGGCGCGAGCGGCUGCGCGAGGAGCGCAAGGGCGAGCUCACCAAACUGCGCGGCCUCAUCUGCGGCGCAAGUGACAGAAGAAAGGCCUAUGAAGAAACCCUAACACAAGCAGAGAAGCUGAAGAAAACGGUUGAAGAUCCCAGCGCUGAAAUCCAGAACCUGAACCUGAAGGCGUACGAGGAGGCCCUGCGGGCGGCCCAGGAGGAGAGUCCGGCGGGCGCCAGGGCGGCCGAGGCCGUCUCCCGCGACCGUGCCGCCGACAUGGCCUCCCGGUUCGAGCGCGGCGAGGUCUCCCAGCUGGAUGAGGACGAAGAGACGCGACGCCGGAAGGAGGAGGACGCCGCACUCUUCAGGGAGGCAGGCACGGCGCGCGGAGCCCGCUCCCUGUUCAAGGAGCUGGACGCGUCCGGAGCCAAGGAGCAGGUCGUCAUGAGGUCGCCGUCUUCCGCCGGCAGGACAGAGUUCAGAAAGAGCCUCUACGAGUCGGAGCCAGCACAGGAGGUGGUCAAAUCAUCCUCCAAGAGCAAGGACAUCCACGUGGAAACGUCGGCGCUCUCCAGCCGGUUUAAGUUCUUCGAGACCUACAAGGAGCCCGAGUUGAAGAAGAAACAGUUCCGCUUCUCACCGCCGCGCGAGGGCACAGUCAAGGGCGACUCCCCGGACCGUGAGAUCGAGCGGGACCCGAACGUGGUGCGGGCGGACGACCAGGAGGAGCGGCUGAUACGCAGCGACACCACCAGCCGCAUGCUGCGACAGUUUCAAGAGAUGGAGCGGCAGGGAGGCGGACAGAAAGAGAUCCAGCGGGCCGAGAAGCCGCAGGGCAACGCGCGCUCUCUGCUGUCCAAGUUCCGGCAAAUGGAGGAGGAUGCGCAGCGCGAGCACCUGCCCGACGGUCCGAAGCCGCUCAAGUCGUUCACGCCGCCGCCCGAGUACACUGAAGACACUGACUCUGACUCGGAGUACACGUACACGGACGACUCCGAGUACACGUCCGACGAGGACUCAGAGUCAGGCGUGGUGCGCUCCGGCAGCCGGGUCCAGGACGAGUUCCUCACACAGCGCACCGACCACGCCCGUAACCUGAAGGCCAAGUUCGAGCGCUGGGAGCAGAAGAUGGAGCGCGAUCAGCGGUUCGACGCCGAGGACGAGUGUCGUCCCAGCCUGGAGACGGCCCGAAAUCUGCGCUCCAUGUUCGAGGCCAUGAAGGAUCAGCCCGCCAUGCCCGAAAAGCCCAAACCCAAAGUCAACAGAUUUAUUGGUCUGCCAGCCCGCAGAGGGGAGGCCGCCGCUGUGGAUGCCGACCCCGAGUCGGACCCCGCCGCUCCCCAGGACUCCUCCUGGAACCACCACCCCGGGGAGGACGGGAUGGGAACCACAGAGACGUCUGACAGACCUCGGGACACGGGCGGGGAGGCGGGAGGCACCUCCUUCUGGGGAGAUGACAAUGACGACAGAAAUGGAGCGAACUCGUUCUGGGAUAACAAUGGAACUGACCAGGAACAGAAGAACACGCCGUCAUUCUGGGAAAGAGAUGAGGACAGCGGGAAGAAAACUUCUUUCUGGGAUGAUGACGAUGGCGGAAGGGCUCCAGUUUCCUUUUGGGACCGGGAUGACGACGCCGGGCGCGGGACGAGCUCGCGGGCCCCGGCAGAACGCGGGGAGUCGCGCAGGGCCCCGCGGGAGGCCGGGAGGGGUGACUCAGGGGAGGAGGAGUCGGAGUCGGAGUCGGCCGAGGAGGAGUCCUCGGAGGAGUCGGAGGGGUCCGGCUCGGAGGACGGCGCGCCGGCCGAGCGCGCGGUCCGGCGCCGACCUUCCGACGACUAACUGGCUACGUAGCCGGGUUCGCCGCGGCCCACUCGGUCCGACGUCGCCGCGAGCAGUGACGGAGGCCGCCCGCUGAGCUCCACCGGCUCAACUCUCCGUGACAACUCCCCGCAGAGGCAGUGUUAGUGAGCCGUCAGAUGGAUAGACUGGAUGGAGAGGGACGGAGGCGACUGGCGGAGGGGUGGGCGACUAGUCAGGAACGCUCGCCGAGUUUGGACGGAGUGGAACCGUUACCGUGGGUCCGAGCCGAGUGGCAUCGGCAGCCCGGCCGGAGCGCCCAGCGCGGGCGACGGCCGGCCCUAAACCUGCAUGGCUUUCUCAGUUUGGAAAUAACAGUGUUUGUAAGAUGGUGUCGUUACGAAAUACAGCUAUCUUCGGAAA